AUGACACACAAGUAUGUGAAUGUACAGGAGGAGAAAUCGGACAUGAAAUCCAUCACGGACCGGGCUGCUCAAACCCUCUUGUGGACAGAGCUCAUUCGAGGUCUGGGUAUGACCCUGAGUUACCUCUUCCGGGAACCUGCCACCAUCAACUACCCCUUUGAGAAGGGCCCCCUGAGCCCGCGUUUCCGGGGGGAGCAUGCCCUGCGCCGCUAUCCGUCUGGAGAGGAGCGGUGCAUCGCCUGCAAGCUCUGUGAGGCUGUGUGCCCAGCUCAGGCAAUCACUAUUGAGGCCGAGCCACGUGCUGAUGGCAGCCGCCGAACCACCCGCUAUGACAUCGACAUGACUAAGUGCAUUUACUGCGGGUUCUGCCAGGAGGCCUGCCCUGUGGAUGCCAUCGUGGAGGGCCCCAACUUUGAGUUCUCCACCGAGACGCACGAGGAGCUGCUGUACAACAAGGAGAAACUGCUCAACAACGGUGACAAGUGGGAGGCCGAGAUCGCGGCCAACAUCGAAGCCGACUACCUGUACCGGUGACGGCUGGGCCCCCCACACUGCCCAGCCUGCUUCCUGGACCCCCCUCUGCAAUAAAGGGCCUACACCCAG